CCGUCCUGCACAGCUUCACACCUCGUGUCACUCAGGCCCCCACCCCAGCCCCCGAGGCACAGUCAUUGACAGCGUUAACCGUGUCCGGGAUUCUUCUCCUCUUCAUCCACGUUGGCUGCUACACCCGAUCCAGGCUAUAUCGCAGCUUAUAGAGAUCGUCGCCUAGUGUUGGGAGUAACAGUGGUGAGUGUGUGAAUUUGGAGGCAAGGUUGGGGUGAAAUUGGGACAUGGACGCUGGGAUUGUUUCGUAGGUUGGUUAGGGGGUUGUCGAGACGUUGUGAGUAGUGGUGGUGGUGAGGCUUAUUUCGGGUGGCGAUCAGAGGUGGUUUGAUUGUGAGUGAGGCGAAUUGUGGGCAGAAUUGUGUAUGUGUGUGUAGUAUGACGGAGGUUUAUAGCGCGCGUGAAUUCGAGCAUGUUGUAAGUUGGGGUGGUUUGGGUUUGAUGGACUUGUGCAGGGUGGAUAUGGUUUUUGGGUUGAGGUGAGUGGGACAAGGAGUUUUACGGGCUUGGGUUUCUCCGUUCUCGUAGCAGUUCCCGCUGGCUUUGUCCUCUCCGUUUCAUUGAGGACGGAUUGUCUGCACGAGAUUCCCCCUUGCUGGACUCGCUUGCUUCUUCUCCCUUUUUUUUUUCUUUUUGUUUUUUUUUGUAUGCUGGGUUGCAUCAGGGAAUUCUAAGCUCGCCAGGAUGAGUAGGCAGGUGCGGCAUUUUCAGCCCAGGCUUAGCCGGUUUCGUAAGUCUGAGUUGAUUGCCGAGGGGCAUCGGGUAGCGAAGCUUCCGGGGCAAUGCACUUGGAUGUCAUCGCCGAAGAAUAGUGAAGCGGCAUUAGAACCAGAGGCCAAGAGGAGGAAACUAUCCCUCAAGGGUGCGAUGUCCCUGGACCCCGCGCUGUGGCGCCUCCUUCCAGACGAGCUCCUGGAGAAAGUGGUGGCGUACAUGCCGUUCCCAGGCCUGUUUCGAUGCCGCGCGGUGAACAAGCGCCUCAAGGAGUUCGUCUUCUCCGAUAAAUUUCAAGAAGCGCGCGCGAGCGUGCCUUCCUGGGACGCCCUCUCUCCGAAGUCCAAUUAUCUCCUUGUCUUCGCGAUCAUCAUGAAGCACAAGAUGUGCACUGCCUUCGACCCGGCGGCGAAGCGGUGGCUGUGUAUGCCGCCAAUGCGGGGGCUCGACCCGCGAGCCAAGGACUGCAUCGCGGGAGACGGUGGGCUAUUGUGUUUCCGCGACGUGAACGCGAGAGGAAUCGUGACGCUGUUUGUCUACAACCCCGUCACAGCCACCUGCAGAGAGCUUCCUUCAAUGCAAAUCGGCAACUGCAUGUUCCAGCACACCUGGCUGUGUACCCACAUGAUCGCCAACACGUUCACAAGCUCCUACAAGCUCCUCGUGCUCACCAAAUCGGCCACCACACGCAUCGCCGCGAAGUUGUCCAUCUACGACUCCCUCACGCAGAAAUGGAAAACCGACACCUCUUUACCGCCCAUCCAGCGCAAGUACAAGCUCCGCUUUUUCCCGCAGGUGGGCACGCAUUGCGACAAUUUCUUCUACUUCGCGGCGACGGAGGGCAUCGGCCGCGGCAACGUGGUGGGAUUGGUCGUGUAUGAUGUCUAUGAGGGCGUGUUCAGGUCGAAGCUUCUGUACCGAUGCGAACCUCGAGCCCAAGGGAGCUCGAUUGAAGUUCAAAUCGCAAAUUGCAACGGCGCAAUGCACAUGGUGGUGCGAGAGGACGACGACAAGGGCACCAAGGGCAUCUCCCUCUGCAGAUUGUACCCUUCCAGCGAGUACAAGGUCGAAGAAGCUGUGUUGUUCGAGAGCUUCUUCACCAAAUGGGCCUCCGUGUUUCCCACCUUCCGGUGCGUGUCGGUACACGGCGACCUGGGCCUGCUCCUCUACAACCAUUCCCUCUCCGUCCUCACCGACGAUUUUUCCGAGGAGUUCCAGUUGCCUCCCUGUCCAUUGCGAGGCCUGCAGCAUUUCAUUCCAUCCACAAUACUGUACCCACCGGAAUCGUUCCGAUCUUGCCAAUCAAACCAGAGCGUGGUGUCGAAUGCUCACUUUCAACCCAACGCCGCAGCACGAGUCUAGAUUUAGGUCACAACAGGUUAUUUGGGGCAUGAACACAACCACAUUAAAAACAUGUAAAGAAACAUGUAAAAUGGAGACAGAUCUGCACAUUUCGGGUUGAAGUAGCCGGAACUGCAACAGCAGGUGGAUGAACACAGAGAUGGACAACUGCAGGUCCGUUUUCGAAGCCAAUUCCUCUAGAAAAAAGCUGCAAUGCUGUCGGUGUGAAUCUCCACACACACACAAUCGUACAGUUUUCUCUCUUUUUUCUUUUUUCUUUUCCCCCCAUGUAUAGAACGUGUACAGAUUAACGUGUUCUGGACGAUGCGUGAGGCUUAGUUUAGCAGACAAUAGACCCAGUGCAUCAGGGAAAGGAAUUGGUUCAGUGACUGAUUCCUCACAGGCUGAAUUAGUGUCAAUAGGCAACAGUGAAGCUCUAGUCCUAGAGUUCUUUUCUUCCUAUUCUCGAAAAGGGUUGGUUUAGAACCCAUUGUUCUCAAUAGGCAGACAUUAAGAAGAUUCGACCAUGUACCAGAAUUGUCAGUGAAUGGAUUUAUUAAUGCGUAAUAUGUACGAUGAAUGGAUUUAUUACGCAUUAUCUAGAUGACAAAA